UGCUUUGGCAGUGUACAACUCAACUCAACUCAACAGCCGUGGAGAUAGACAGAUCAUAGCAGACAGACAGUGAGUGAGUACUACUAAGCAAGCAAGGCAAAGCAAACAAGACAUAAUAAUAAUAAUAAUAAUAAUAUGAUGCGAUACAAAGAGGAAAAAGAAGCGAAGAAGGAAGCAUUUAGAAAAUAUCUUGAAUCAAGUGGAGCUGUUGACGCUCUCACCAAAGUUCUUGUUUCUUUAUAUGAACAAAACGACAAACCUUCUUCUGCUCUUGAGUUCAUUCAACAGAAAUUAAGUUGUCCUUCAAUCUCUGAAUAUGAAAAAUUGCAAGCUCAAUUUUCUGAUCUACAAAUCAGAUAUAAUGACCUCCUCGCAGCACACCACAGCACCUGCAAAGAGUUGGAAGAAAUGAAAAGCUCCCAUGCCUUAGCAAUGGUAUCUACUAAGGAAACAACUGAUCAUGAAUCACCAAAUAAAGAUGAUUCUUGAAGGUUGCAUUACAUUGAUGGAGUAUCUAACCUGGUUUUCAACUUUUCUGUUGCUUUUUUGUCAUUGAGUGGUUAUAUGUUAAUGUUGGUUUGUUCAUUGUUUCUUGUCUCUGCUCUGCUAUAACUUGUAAUCACCUUCCCCCAACCUCACCAAAUUUUUCUUUCUUUUGCUUGAAUUCUGAUUUAUAUUUGUAAAAUGGUAUUGAUUUCUCAUCAAGUUAUCAUUAUAUCUCAAAAAAA